GAACCAAAUCGAGGUGCAUCCAGUUCUCCAUUAACUCUCUCCCAAGAUAAGAGAAGAUGGCCCCAGAGCAGAAGUGACCUUUGCCCACCAUUCUCGGCUUAAUCAUUGACAUGUUUCAUCAAUCACACUAAUAAUUCCCCAGAGGCCAUACGUAUAUAAAGGACCAACAGCAUCUAAGCAGAUCCCUUUGUGUGCGAGUUCCUCUUUGGCCUCUCCUCAGCCAUGGCCAAAGGAUUCUUCAUCAGCAAGUCUUUGGGGAUCGUAGGCAUUGUCCUUGGCCUGGGGGCUGUGGCCACCAUCAUUGCCCUCUCGGUUGUCUACACCCAGGAGAAGCAGCGGGCAGACAAUGCGCUCGGCAACCAGGGCCCAAGCACCACCCUCACGGCUGGCGCUACUGUAACCAGCACUCUCCAAGCUACCAUGACCAGCACCACCAGAGGUACAACGGCCAGCACCCCUAGAGGUACCACGACCAGCACCAUCCAAGCUACCACGGCUGGCGCCAACAGCACUAUCCCAACCAAGCCUUUGGAGCCUUGGGACCACAUGCGGUUGCCCAAAACUUUGAUGCCCACGUUUUACACUGUCUCUCUGCAGCCUUUUCUGACAGAGCUCAGACCAAACUUCUACAUUUUCAAAGGCAAGAGCACAGUGGAGUUCCAGUGCAAGCAGCCUACGGACCUCAUACUCAUCCACAGCAAAAAGCUGAAUUACACUCUGCAGGAGACAUUCCUUGCAUCCCUGAGAGGAGUUAAUGUUGCCGCACCUCCCAUUGAAAGAACUUGGCUAGUGGAGAAGACAGAGUACCUGGUGGUGAAACUCAAGGAGAAGCUCCUGCAGAAUGAGACCUAUCAGCUGCAUGCUGAGUUCACUGGGGAACUGGCAGAUGAUCUGGCUGGCUUCUACCGCAGCGUAUAUACAGAAGAUGGAGUAGACAAGCUGGUGGCUACAACCCAGAUGCAGGCUGCUGAUGCCCGCAAGGCUUUUCCUUGCUUUGAUGAGCCAGCCAUGAAGGCCGUCUUCACCAUCACGCUGCUUCACCCGCCUGCCUAUACGGCCCUCUCCAACAUGCCUGUUAACAAGACAGAGAAAGUAAUGUCAGAUGGAGAAAUCUGGAUGCGGACUGAAUUUGAACCCACACUCAAGAUGUCUACCUACUUGCUUGCUUUUAUUGUCAGCGAGUUUGAGAAUGUCUCUGCUGUGCCCAAUAACACCCAGCUCAACAUCUGGGGCCGUCCCAAGUCGAUCCGGGAGGGCCAGGGGGACUACGCCCUCAAUGCCACCUGGCCCAUUCUCAGCUUCUUCGAAGACGAGUACCACGUGCCUUAUCCCCUGAAGAGAUUAGACCAAGUCGCCCUUCCGGAUUUCAACGCUGGAGCCAUGGAGAAUUGGGGGCUUAUCACAUACCGUGAGAGUGCGCUACUCUUUGACCCCGAAUUCUCUUCCAUUGGCAACAAGGAACGGAUUGUGACAGUGAUUGCUCAUGAAGUUGCCCACCAGUGGUUUGGAAACCUGGUAACCCUGGAAUGGUGGAAUGAGCUGUGGCUCAACGAGGGCUUUGCGUCCUACGUGGAAUAUUUGGGUGCAAAUAAAGCUGAGCCCACAUGGAAUAUUAAAGACCUGAUUGUACCAAACGAUGUCUACCGUGUGAUGGCCAUCGAUGCCCUGGCUUCCUCACACCCCCUCUCCAGCCCUGCAGAUGAAAUCAACACUCCAGCUCAGAUCAGUGAAGUCUUUGACGCCAUUUCCUACAGUAAGGGGGCGUCUGUGAUCCGAAUGCUGUCCGAAUUCCUCACCGAGUCCGUGUUUGGAGAAGGGCUGCAGUCCUACUUUGAGACCUACCAAUAUGGAAACACGGUCUGUGAUGACCUCUGGGAACAACUGCAGAUGGUGGUGUACAAGAGGAACAUGAGUCUCCCAGACUCUGUCAAGGCUAUCAUGGACCGCUGGACCUUGCAGAUGGGCUUCCCGGUUCUCACAGUUAAUACCACUACAGGCACCAUCACCCAGAAACAUUUUCUGCUGGACCCAGAAAGUCCAGUUGAGCGACCCUCACCGUUCAAUUACAACUGGAUUGUUCCGGUCUCCUGGCUGAGCAAAGGAAAGGAGGCAGAGAUGUACUGGCUCAGAAAUAUUUCAGCUGAAAAUGCCAACUUUUCGACUUCUGCUGACCCUGCCAAGUGGCUGCUUCUCAAUGUUAAUGUCACGGGCUAUUUCCGGGUAAACUACGAUUUGGAAAACUGGGAGAGGCUCAUGAAUCAGCUGAAUGAAGACCUUCAGAUGAUCCCCAUUCUAAAUCGUGCUCAGAUCAUCGAUGAUGCUUUCAACCUGGCCAGAGCCAAGCAUGUGGGCAGCGACCUGGCCCUGAACACCACCCGCUACCUGGCCCAGGAGAGGGAGUACCUGCCUUGGGACACGGCCCUGAACAACCUGGACUACUUCCGCCUCAUGUUUGACCGCAGCGAAGUCUACGAGCCGAUGGAGAAAUACAUCCGGAAGCAGAUCAUUCCCUUGUUUGACCACUUCCAGAACCUCACUCGCAACUGGACCCAAAUCCCAGAGGGCUUGAUGGACCAGUAUAACCAGAUCCUGGCCAUCCGCACUGCCUGCUCCUAUGGUGUCCCUAAGUGCAAUGAGCUGGCCUCCUCCUGGUUUAACGACUGGAAAGCCAACCCCAGCAUCAACAGGAUCCCGCCCAAUCUGCGCUCCGCCAUCUACUGCAGCGCCAUCAGCACAGGAGGCCUGGAGGCCUGGGACUUCGCCUGGGAGAUGUUUCAGAAGGCCCAGGUGAUCUCGGAGGCCGACAAGCUGCGCUCGGCCCUGACCUGCAGCAAGACCCCUUGGAUCCUUCACAGGUACCUUCAAUACACUCUGAACUCCACCUUGAUCCGCCGCCAGGACGCCACCUCCACCAUCAACAGCAUUGCCAGCAAUAUAGUGGGGCAGCCUCUGGCCUGGGAUUUUGUGCGCGUGAACUGGAGGACCCUAUUCCAGCAGUUUGGGGGAAGCUCCUUCUCUUUCUCCAGCCUCAUCCAGUCAGUGACCCAGAGAUUUUCGUCUCCACUUGAACUUGAACAGCUGAAGAAGUUCAAGACAGACAACGCGGAUGUGGGCUUCGGCUCCGCCACCCGGGCGCUUGAGCAGGCUCUGGAGAGAACAAAGGCCAACAUCAAGUGGGUUGCAGACCACAAGCCACUUGUCCUGCAGUGGUUCAGAGAGAACUCGUAGGGGGCACCAGCCGGUGCUGCUGCGGACAGGGGGUUCUGACCAGAGGAGCAACAUCCAAGGGCGGAGGACUCUCUCCGGCCAUGGCAAUGCCUUUCUAUAAUUUUGUAACUCCAACACUGUAAAUUAAAGAGUCUCUUGAAUGGAA